GGCAGCCUGUCCCUCCUCCAGGGGGUCUUCCCAGCCCAGGAAUCAGGUGAAUUCUUUACCACCUGAGCUACCAGAAAACCCCGUUAUAGAUGCUGUUGCCUGGCUCAGCGAGGAUCAACACCCUGCAGAGUCCUCAGGGUCCCUGACUAGUCCAAGGCUCAUCAUUCUCUGAGAUGUUCCCCAGCCCCAAGAAGUCCCCCGAGCACAUCUCACACUUGGGAAGCUGCAGCAGAAGGGUGACCUGUCUCCUGGGAGGGAAAGCAGUGCCUCCCCCAUCUUUAGGGUGUCAGUCUGGGGUCCUUUCAGAGCCUCUCCUGGGCAUAGGACUCCCAUUGUUCCAGCCCACCUCUUGUACCUCAGACUGGCCAAACCGGUUCUGGGGAAGGGGGGCGGGGAGCAGGCACGUCGAGACAGCCGCCUGCCUGCCUGCGAGGUUCCCUCCACCCUCGCCUCCCCUCUCCCUGCCCCACACAAUACCCAGGAGUUUGCCUUGCCUGGCUCAGGGGCCAUGCUGACAUCGCCCCCUGAGGACCUGGCUGCAACCCCAGAGCCCCCAGGGCAGCCUGGAGCCCAGGACCGUGCUGGAGGCUGGACGGAGCUCCCUGGUUGAGGUAGGGCCCCCUGGCUGCCAGCAGCCCCGUCCUCCUCCCACCAGUCUUCCCGAGUAAGUCCUUUGUGCAGCUCCCAGGCCUCCGAUCCUGGCCCCCACACGCUUAUGGCCUCUUGGGCUUCCACAGCCUGCGUGGCCUGAGUCUCCUUUCCAGCCAUGACCUCCCACUUGGCUCCCUGCGUUGAGAAGAAGAGGGGCCCUGCAGGGCCCUACUCCUUGGGCAGCAGGGCCAGAGGCACCUUGGAGGGGGCAGGGAAAAGCUGGGCAUAGGAGGUCCGGACCAUCCCAGCAUCUAGGGGCCCUCCCUGCCAGCCUUGAGGAGUGGGUCCACUGUCCUUGUGAUGAGUACCCCCUGGAUGGGACUCUCUGUCCACUUAAAAAAAAGCGCGCAACCUGAGAGUUGUGAGUUAAGUUUCAUUGGGGGCAAUAUGAGUACUGCAGCCCUGGGGACAGUGCUCAGAGCUCCUCUGCAGAUGGGGACACUCAGGCCCAGGCCCAGGCUUGACUCGUCUGAAGUCACACAGCUGGUCAGAGUCAGCGCGGGGCUGUGAGUGUUGGCAGGGGCUCGCCGCCGUGGGCUCCCUUGCCUGGUGGGCACAGGGCGCCCUGUGAUCAGGUCGUGAGCAGGUAAUGUCCCUGUUACCUGGGACCCGUCUCUUCCUGAUAGUUUCUUUUUGGAUCUGGUGGAGAUAAGCUGUAAGCAUGCUAGCACUGAGGUUGGGUAGACCAUGUCCACGGAAGGCCACAGGCCUGGCGCCCUGGCUGGGUGGUCACUCUCAUUGUCCCUUGGCCUGGGCAGAGACAGAGCUAACCCACCCCUGACCUCCUGCCCGCGGACCUGCCUCCAGCUUUGUCUCCUCCACGAAGCCUUGCACGUCUCCCUCCAUUUACCCAGCCUCCUCCUCUGAGGCUUUAGUGGGGGGUGCUCCUUGGAAUUCCCUGGUGGCCCAGUGGGUAGGACUCCGCGCUUCCACUGCAGGGGGCACAGGUUCGAUCCAUGGUUGGCGAACUAAGAUCCCACGUGCUGUGUAGUGUGGCCAAAAAAAUUUUUUUUAAAAUAUGAGAUGCUCCUGCCCCCACGGUUCCAUGUUUUGCUCAUUUAUCCCUGCAGCUGACAUGGGGAGGGGGGUUCCUCUCAGCCCUCUAGGGGCUUCCAGAACCCAAGUGGAGAGGCUCUCCAGAAUGUAAGAGAGCAGAAGCACAUGUGUGUUCCUGCACAGGCGUGCCGACAGAAGCAAGUGGGACUUCUGAUUCCAGCAGGAAGAGACCUGUCCGGUGGGCAGUGGUCCCAUGUCUCCUGCCACAUGCUCCUACAAAACAGGAUGUGUCUUAACAUCACUGCCUCAGUUUUCCUAACUGUGUAAUGGCCCAAGCCAUCCUUGUGACUGGAGAAAGACUAAAAGUACUCAGAAGAAUGAGGAUCAACUGCAAAGCUCCCAGUGUGUGCGAGGUGCUUUACAUACAUUAUUCUUUUCUUUGGCCACACCAUGCAACAUGCAGGAUCUUAGUUCCCAGGGAAGUCCUCUUGCAUUAUUCUUAUGUUUUUAAUCUUUAUUUAUUUUUGGCUGCAUUGGGUCUUAGUUGCUGCGUGUGGCGUCUUCCUUUGCGGCCUACGGGCUUCUCUCCGGCUGUGGUGAGUGAGGAGCAGGUAGGCGCUCUAUGAGGCACACGGGCUUUAGUCCCCCUUGCCUCAGGCCCGUGGGAUCUUAGUUCCCCAAUCAGGGAUCAGACUUGCAUCUUCUGCAUUGGAGGGCAGAUUCUUAACCCCUGCGGCACCAGGGAAGUCCUCUUAAUUCUCCUAUCAGCAUUCUGAAGCUUGACUAUGCUGUUCCCCAGACGAGGAAACAGACAGAUUUGCUGCCUGUGGGGAGGGCCUGAGAAGUCCUCAGGAGCAGCCCCACCCUGUGCUCCGGAGGGGCCCAGGCACAGACCAGCGGCCCCCCGCUGGUCCUUCCCCUUUUUCCCUCCCCUGCCCCCCACCCCCAGGCUCACUGACACUGUCGCUGUUGCUUUCAUGCCAAAGCUUUCUCCCUCUCUCUGUGUACUGGACCCCUGGGUAUUUCAGUCGGGACAGUUUGCUAUCACUUCCUUCAGGACGCCUUCUGGGGAUGCCCGGAUCGAGGUGAGUCCAGCCCUCUGCUCUGACAGCUCCUCUGGGCUGGUUCUUUUCAACCUGGAUUGCCACUGUUUUUGUUUUGGCUUCCCCGUGAGACUGGCAAUCCCAAAGGGCACGAAGCGUUUGCCUGCCCGUCUCCUCUGGUUUUCCUGGGCUUCACAUCUGUCUCUGAGUAUCUGGUCUGUCUGAAACGUGCAGUGUCCCGUCCCUGGGCCCCUGAGUGCCUCAGCAUCUGUGGUUUUCCGGUCUGGAGUGCUCUGGGGGUCUCGGUUUCUGGGUCGCUCUCUAAAGCAUCCCCGUCCUCCAGCCUCAGCCCCUUGGUCUCUCCGGCUCUGUCUCCUGAGUCUCCCGGCCCUGCCAGGCAGGCGCUGCCCCUUUGGCCUGAGCGGGCCUCUGGGCAGGGGGUGUCCUUGCUGCCCAGCCUGCCCACAGCAAGGCCAGGCCCCAGGAGGCCCCCGCCCAGCCUGCUGCCUGUUCCCUCCCUCCCUCCCCGCCUGCCUCACCACAGGGCUUGAUGAAUCAAACUCUUUGUCUGGGUGGGAUCUCCCCAGGCCAGCUGGGCAGAGAGAGGGCUUCCCCUGCCGGAGCAGCCAAGCCCCAUCCGCGGCGGGCCUUGGUGCAGAGGUGAGGGGAUGCAGUGAGCGGGGCCGGGGGCCAGGGCUGGGGGCUCAGGCCCGCUGACGGGUAGGCCUGACCUGAGGCUCCGGCAGCCUCACUGGGGAUGACUUCCUGCCCGAGAGGCCCCACACAGGUUGUCCUGUUCCUGGGGCUGGGAGAUGGGGUCCCCUCUCUCACCCCAAGCUGGGGGGCUGGGGCUCUUUCCUUCCCUUCUCCUGGGAGGGCCCAGCCUGUCCUGGGUGGUGGCCCGCCUGCCGAUCUGUGACCCUCCCAGCCAGCUUGGCAUGGGUGUGGGCACCACUCAGUACUGAAGCCUGCAACUCUGGGCACAGGAGGGGAGGUUGGGUAACACCAACCAGGACUACUGGGUCUGUGUGUUUGUAUUUGCGUCAUGGUGUUUUGAGUGUGAAUGGAACAGGAGUGUGAGAAAACUUGAGUGGAUAUGUAAAUAUCUGAUGGCUCAGCGUGUGUUUGUGAAAGUGAGUGAAUAUAUGUACUUGUAUAAAAAAAGUGUGUGUGAAUGUGUGAACCUGUGAAUUUGAAAUGUUGGAGUGUAUCUGUGAAAGUACGUAUGUCAGUGUCUGCAGCUGGAAGAAAAUACGUGUGGAUGUACAUGGAACAGACGUGGGUCUGUGUGACAGUGUAUGUAUCUGUAUGUCUGAUCAUAUGUCAGAGAGUUAGGAAAUGUACAAGGUGCUUAAAGGCACAGACUCAGAGCUAGACUGCCUGGGUUUGAAUCCGGGCCCCACUGUUUACCAGAUAACCUCUCCGCCUCACUUUCCUCACCUAUAAAGUGGGGCUAAUGACAGUAUCAGAUCAGGGGACUUCCCUGGUGGUCCAGUGGUCAGGGAACUUGGGUUCGAUCUCUGGUCAGGGAACUAAGAUCCCUCAUGCUGUGUGCCAACUUGAACCUGCGAACCACAACUAAAAGAAAAAAAAAAAGCAUCAACUCUGGGUUGCUCGGGCUUCAAAGGAUUAAAUGAACUACUAUGUGUAAAGUACUUGACCUGUCAUCAAGUAAGUGCCAAGUAAGCAUUAGUUAUUGCUAUAUAAUCAAGUGUGUGAGUAUGCUUGUACAGAUGUGUGUACAUGAGACUUCGUCCAGGCCUCCAGGACAUGGUGCCUACUGGCCACUGCUGUCCUGUGCCUUGCUCUGAUGCCUUCUCCCCGCAGGCCCUGGUGGGUGGCGGAGCAAAGGAGGAAUGGACUGUGGGCCACCUGCUGCCCUCCAGCCCCAUCUGGCUGGGUCGCCUGGCACUGCCCACCACCCAGUGGCCGUGUGCCAGCAGGAGAGCCUGUCCUUCACGGAGCUGCCCAUCCUGCAGCCUCCAGGCCCUGUGUGUCUGGAUCUCUUCCCUGUGGCUCCAGAGGAGCUGCAGGCACCUGGCAGCCGCUGGUCUCUGGGGACCCCCGCUCCCCUCCAGGGGCUGCUAUGGCCACCGCCCCCAGGAGGCGCAGACCCCGAGCUCUCCACCAGCGGGGGAGUGCGGCCCAGCAGGGCUGGCAGCUGGCCACACUGUCCUAGUGCCCAGCCCCCAGCCCUGGAGGGACCCUGGAGUUCCCAGCACCCACAGCCACAGCGCCGGGCCAGCCACGGCUCAGAGAAGAAGUCAGCCUGGCGCAAGAUGCGGGUGUACCAGAGAGAAGAGGCCCUUGGUGGCCCUGAGGCCCACGCUGUCUUCCUGGAGCCGAGUCAGGCCGCGGAGCAGGCGCUGAGCGCAGAGGAGCCCCAGCCGGCGGGGUUGCCUGGGCCGGCUCGUGGGGGCCUCGAGGGGCCUGAGCGGAGGCGCUUCUCGGCCUCUGAGCUGAUGACCCGCUUGCACUCUUCCCUGCGCUUGGGGCGGAAUUCAGCAGCCAGGGCACUGAUCCCAGGGUCAGGGUCAGGCCCCAGAGCCGCCCUAGAAGGGAAAGCGCCUGGAAGAGACUCGCGCAGUGUAGAGAUGAGGGUGGACACCACGGCGACGCCAGCUCCUGUUGACCUGAGCGGGGUCCCCGACACCUGGCAGGAGCCCAGGCUGGAUGCGCGGGAAGAGCCGGGGGCCGGCGGGCGCCCCACGGCCUCCGCUCUCCGCCCAGCCGUCCUCUACCAGGAAUACAGCGACGUGGCCAGCGCCCGCGAGCUGCGGCGGCAGCAGCGCGAGGAGGAAGGCGCGGCGGAUGAGGUGGAGGGCGCGGAGGAGGGCCCGGGGCCGCCGCGCGCCGACCUCUCCCCGAGCAGCUCGUUCAGGGCGCAGCGCGCUGCGCGGGGCUCCACCUUCUCGCUGUGGCAGGACAUUCCCGACGUGCGCGGCAGCGGCGUCCUGGCCACGUUGAGCCUGCGCGACUGCAAACUGCAAGAGGCCAAGUUUGAGCUGAUCACGUCCGAGGCCUCAUACAUCCACAGUCUGUCGGUGGCCGUGGGCCACUUCUUAGGCUCGGCCGAGCUGAGUGAGUGCCUGGGGACACAGGACAAGCAGUGGCUGUUCUCCAAACUGCCCGAGGUCAAGAGCACCAGCGAGAGGUUCCUGCAGGACCUGGAGCAGCGGCUGGAGGCGGAUGUCCUCCGCUUCAGCGUGUGCGACGUGGUCCUGCAGCACUGUCCGGCCUUCCGGCGUGUCUACCUGCCCUACGUCACCAACCAGGCCUACCAGGAGCGCACCUACCAGCGCCUGCUCCUGGAGAACCCCAAGUUCCCUGGCAUCCUGGCUCGCCUGGAGGAGUCUCCUGUGUGCCAGCGGCUGCCCCUCACUUCCUUCCUCAUCCUGCCGUUUCAGAGGAUCACCCGCCUCAAGAUGCUGGUGGAGAACAUCCUGAAGCGGACAGCGCAGGGCUCUGAAGAUGAAGACAUGGCCACCAAGGCCUUCAAUGCCCUCAAGGAGCUGGUGCAAGAGUGCAAUGCCAGUGUGCAGACCAUGAAGAGGACAGAGGAGCUCAUCCAUCUGAGCAAGAAGAUCCACUUUGAGGGCAAGAUCUUCCCGCUGAUCUCUCAGGCCCGCUGGCUGGUUCGGCACGGGGAGCUGGUGGAGCUGGCGCCCCUGCCCGCGGCGCCCCCUGCCAAGCUGAAGCUGUCCAGCAAGGCGGUCUACCUGCACCUCUUCAAUGACUGCCUGCUGCUCUCCCGACGGAAGGAGCUGGGGAAGUUUGCCGUCUUCGUCCACGCGAAGAUGGCAGAGCUGCAGGUGAAGGACCUGAGCCUCAAGCUGCAGGGCAUCCCCGGCCACGUGUUCCUCCUUCAGCUCCUCCACGGGCAGCACACGAAGCACCAGUUCCUGCUGAGGGCCCGGACGGAGAGUGAGAAGCAGCGAUGGAUCUCGGCCCUGUGCCCCUCCAGCCCCCAGGAGGACAAGGAGGUCAUCAGCGAGGGGGAAGACCACCCCCAGGUCCAGUGUGUCAGAACAUACAAGGCGUCGCAGCCAGACGAGCUGACCUUGGAGAAGACGGACAUCCUGGCCGUGAGGAUGCGGACCAGUGACGGCUGGCUGGAAGGGGUGCGCCUGGCAGAUGGCGAAAAGGGCUGGGUGCCCCAGGCCUACGUGGAGGAGAUCAGCAGCCUCAGUGCCCGCCUCCGGAACCUCCGGGAAAAUAAGCGGGUCACAAGUGCCACCAGCAAGCUGGGGGGCCCCCCCGUGUGACGGCGGCCAUGACCCAGGACAGCAGCCCCAUGCUGGAGCCUGGACAGGUCUGCAGGGGACCUGCGCUGUCCCCAUGCCCCACCUGCUGCCACUGGGGCUUCUGUUCUGAUGCCUGGCUUCGAGGGUGCAGGCUGGACACAGGCGGGGGUUGCCUCUGAAGAGUCUCCGCUGUCCUCCUACUGCUUGAGUCCACAGUUCAGGGACGAGGGCCGUUUAUCCCUCGGGCUCGUGCCCUCUGGGACCUGGCCUCUCCCUUUCCUGCCCUCCACCCUGCCGGAGUCUUGGUCCCUCUGGCAGGGGCCUGACUGGCAGUGGCUCUGGGUGCUGGGACCUAUCUGUGUAGACAGAUCUGGAGUCUCUGGUCUGAGCCUGUGUGGGCCCCGGUUGCUGUGACUUACCUGUAAAUAAAUUGCCGUAUGCCUUUGCUUGGA